AUUAAUCGGAGUUAGUUGCUAAUUAUGUAAAUACAAUAAAUUAACAGUCCCAAUAUGCAAUUAAUCUACUCUUGAUUGUACAUUUGCCUUGAUCGACUGUACACUGCAAAUUACUUUUCCCUUUGGAGCUCUCUCCUCUCUCUCUCUCUCUCUCUCUCUCUCUCUCUCUCAGUUUCUCUCUCUUCCCCCAUUCGAAUCCCUUAUUGCGAAUCUUCCCGGUAGACCAAACGGCCAAAACCUCGCAUCUGUUAAAAAAUGGAGAAUCCGAACCCGGGAGUGAACCAGCUUCCAGAAUCCGACUCGUUUCCCGACGGAUUCGUCGUAUCUUCUCCGGUGACUGAUUACAAGGAGGAAAAAUUAGUGGAGCUCGAUUCACGGCCAGAAGUCGUAAUUGAAAAUGCCUGUUCGUCUUCGAGCAAUUCAGUCGAGAAUGCGGGCCAUCGUAGCGAAUCAACGGCGGCAGCUCAAUCUGUUGAAAGUGCAGAACUACAAGCAGUUUCCUCGGAGGCGAUUUCGGUUGCAGUUAGUGCUGAAAACAAAAAAGAACCCUCAGAAGUGAAGCGUAAACCUGUAAAACGGACAUUUAAAUCAGAGAAGGAGUUUUUGGAGUUCACUCUUAAGUAUCAACAAGUCGUCGUUGAAAGAGAUUCCGCUAUUGCUGUUAGAGAUAAACUCGAGUCAUUGUGCCGAGAGCUGCAACGCCAGAAUAAAUUAUUAAUGGAUGAAUGCAAACGAGUCUCGUCAGAGGGUCAACAUUUGAGAGUAGAUCUGUCAAACAAGUUUCAAGAUGCAAUAAAGGAAGUAAGUCUUAAGCUGGAGGAGCAGAAAGAUGAAUGUAUAUCUCAGCUAAAGGAGAAUGAAAUGUUGAAGAUCAAGUUAAAACAACUUAUUGAUCAAUACGCUCUUUCUGAGCAGCAGCAUGCACAGCAGCUGAAACAGAAAUCACUUGAACUUCAGCUAGCCGAUUUAAGACUUCAACAACACGAAGAGAAACUGAAGCAGGAACAGUCUCAAAUGAAAAUGUAUGCCGAACAAGUGUCCCAACUUUUAUCGACCGAAAAGAAUCUAAGGUUGCAAUUAACCGCCGACGGUGAAAAGUUCCAACAAUUCCAGGAAGCAUUGAUGAAAAGCAACGAGGUUUUUGAAACGUUCAAGCAAGAAACUGAGAAGAUGGCUAAAUCGAUAAAGGAGCUCAGAAAAGAAAAUGUCUUCUUGAAGAGCAAAUCUGAAAAAUCAGACGUUACUCUUAUAGAACUCGCAGAAGAGCGUGAGCGCUUGAAGAAACAACUGGAGAAAACGAGAAAUCAAAAGGAAAAACUCGAAUCUUUAUGCCGAUCACUCCAAGCAGAGAGGAAAACAAUUACUUCCGGAGGCAACAGUACCCCGGAUGCACUCCCACCCUAAGUUACGACGCACUUGCAAUACGAACAGACCUUAGCUGCUUCUUAGCAGUAGUUUAUUCACUGGUUUUGAAUCAUGAUAUUUCUUCUGUAGCUCAUGUUUUAGUUAUUGUUAUUUUUUUUUUGAUCAAAAUUUUAGUUAUUGUUAUUAAUUAUUAUACAAUAUGCCAACUAAAGUUUUGCUCUUUGUAUUAAUUUUUUUAUUCUAUUUUGUAUAAUGAAGAUAGAGAUAUGGCAAAA